AUGGUGACCUCUCUUCCUCUCGCUAGUCCAAGGUCCGAGACGAACAGCAGCACUGGGGACCUGGGUGUUGGUGCUGGCGGCCGCAGCCCCUGGGACGACCCUGCUGGCUUCAUCGUGGUGCCCGCAGCCUACGCCUUGGCUCCGGGCCUGGGGCUGCCGGCCAACGUGGCGACCCUGGCAGUGUUUGUCCACCGCGGCAGACGUCUGGGCCAGGCCCUGCAUUUCCACCUGCUCGACCUGGCCCUGGCCGACGUGCUCUUCACGCUCACGCUGCUGCUGUGGCUCACCUACUACCUGGGCCCGACCCACUGGCCCUUCCCGGAGGCUGCCUGCCGCGCGGCCGGGGCCACCUACUGCGUGUCCACCUUCGCGGCGCUCACCAGCGUGUGCCGCUGCGGCUCGGUGCGCCCGCCUGGUCCUGCGCCUCUGGGGCUCUGCCCGCUCCACGUGCGCCGCCGCCCAGCUGGCCGGCCUGGCCUGCGCCGCACCCUCGCUGGCCGCCCCGCACGUGCCGCGCCCCCGGCCGGGCGGCGCCGCUCGCUGCCUGGAGCGCGCUGGGCUAGCGCGGGCCCGGCCUACGCCACCGUGGCCUUCUUCCCCGCCACCUUCCUGCUGGUGCUCGCGGCCUGUGUGAGCUUGGCGUGGGCGCUCGGGGCGGCCUCGGUCCCGGGCCCGGCCCUGGCCCCAGCUGGUCCAAACUGGCCAGGACCAUGGUGCUCGCGCACCUGUUGGUCUUUGCCCUCUGCCUGGCGCCCUACCGCCUGCUGCUGGCGCCCUGGGUGGCCGGGCGGGAGGGCACCGUGGGCCGCGACGACGGAGGGUGCCGGGCCACCUCCACGCUUGAGAUCCUGCACACCCUCGGCCUGGUGCUGCUGAGUCUCAACAGCUGCCUGGACCCGCUCAUCUGCUGCUUCUCUGUGCUCAGCUUCUGCCAGGACUGCUGGGCGCUGAGCUGCCUCCCGGGCGUGGGGAGGUCCGGGGCGCGCUCGGCCUCCGCGGCCUCCUCCUAGCGAGCCCCCUGGCCUGCUGCCUGCUUCACCCCUGCCACACCCCUGCCACCCUCCCAGGGGCGUCCUGGGUGGUGAAGGCUCUUUGCAAGGACCAGACUCCAGUCCUGACGCAGCCACAUACUAGCUGCCUGUAGUUGUAGACCUGCGGGCUCUGUCAAAAGGGGAAAGAACAUUCUUUGUAACCCGAAUGUUUCCUAGACUUUGCCAGUGUUUGGAUACAGAUAAUAUGCCAUUGCUUUCAACAUCUCUAGGCAUAGACCCCAAAGUCCUAAAAAGGGCCUACAAGAGCUGACUGGCUCCUGCUUCUCAGCAUCCUCUCAUCCUCGCCUUCCCUCUUCUCCUCUACCACAUCUGCCCGUCUUCGUGGCUUGAGUCACCUUAUCAGUCCCUGGAACAGACCAGUUUCCUCCUCUUCAAAGCCUUUGCAGCUGACUGCCAGGAAUGAUGUCCCUCUGUCUCCUUUGCUAAGACUGGAUAUUGUCACCUGCCGCCUCCUUGAAUCUGGACUCUUGUCUGCAUUUUAACUGUGAGCAUGGUUAAUUUGUUUCUUUUUCCUAGAAGACUUCUCAGUCUUCUCCAUAUCUGAAACCUGCCGAGGGGGCAGAAGUGGGAAGGGAAAGGGUAUCACCUGAGACCUCAUACCAGCCAAACCUUAGCCUGUCUUGCUAGAGGAAUUAAACGAAAGCCCAAAUACACAUUGAUAGGUCUGCAGUAAUUGUCAUCUCUCCUUCCUUGGGAAUUAGGUUGGCUUGUUCCAUGCAACACUGACCAUCAUCUCAGGCCAAGGCCAGGAGGCAGCCUGGGCCCACGUCAUGAAUUCACUUGCUCUGGUGGAAUGAAUUGCUUGGCCCCAGGGACUGUGCAAAGCUGGGUCUCUGAGAAAUGAUCUCGUGUCCACACUAGAGCCAGCUGAAUCUCCUGAGGCCAAAUUUGAUUCUGUUCAAAUAAAAAAAUGAUUCCCUGUGGCAUCAUCCAUCCCCGUGGUCUUGUACUAUCUUGCUUUUGAUGUGACUUUUCCCUUAGUAGUUUCCUUUGGGAAAUGUCUAACUUGGUCUUCUGUGUCUGACCUGAGGAAAAAGAACUUGAGAGUCGAUUGCCUCUGGUAGCUCAGACACAGUGGAAGGAAGGCCUUUGUUUGGAGUUAGUGCAUAUGGGAGUCACCCUCCCCUCUCCCUGGUGAUUCAGGAGAGUAGGAACCUGGGGUGAGGACCCAGAGGCAAAGAGCCUGAGGGAUGAGAGAGAACAGACGGCUUUGUACUGUCAAUCCUUUUGGAUUCUUUUUGCCUUAUUCUAAACUUUCAAGAAUUUGACCCAAGACCGUCCCUCAGUCCAGGAUGGAGAAGAGGGAGCCCAGGUUGGUCCUUGAUUAGAUGCUGGACACCCUCUUUCUCCAGGAUCCAGGAAAAACUCAUCUGCCAACUGUUCCCAGCAACUGGAGGAGUCUAGGGUAUGUUUUCAGUAUGCCCUAGACCCCGCUGCCUCUUGUAGGGCCAGGAACGCCCAAUUCCCGCCCCUACCCACCCAGGCCACACCCUGUAGCUGUGGGGUCCAAACGUGGUGCAGAGAAGAUGCUUCUGACACAGAAGGAAGAACGCUUCCCUUCCUACUGGACCCCGCUCUCUCCUUCAGCUCAAUUACUGUCCAGGUCUCUGAACCCAGCCCAACCCCGUUCCUGCCUUUGGCUAGGGCUGGUCCAGGUCCUCGGCUCUGCACACGCCUGCCUAGGGUCCCUCAGCCAGCCAUGCUUCCUCAGUGACCCUGCUUGCUCUUCCUGAGCCCUCCCCUCCAGACCAGGCCCCGCCUGUUCCCUCAGCCCCUGCAGGAAGCCUGUCAGACCUCAGCUUGAUCUCUCUAUUGUAUUCAGGCCCUGGCCCCAGGCGCUCUCUCUGCAGCUGAUACUUUGCCUUGACAUCUAUUUCCGUCUCCUCUAGCCUUAGAAGGAGGAUAGCGUUUUCCCUCUGGGUUUUGCAGAUACCUUCACUGGCCCUGAAACCAGCUCCGUGGACUACAUUCCAGCUUCAGGUACUGGGACCUCCUCCCCAGACCAAUCACUCCAGGGCUCUCCCAGGCCUGCUCUUUCCCUCUGCUGAUAUAGCACAUGCCCACCAUCUGGCCCUAAUGCUAUCGUUAAAUCAUACUUCUUUGCCCCUAAUUCUCCGUGAGCACCAGUCUAGCUCUGAAAUGUACUUGUGGUUGGGGUGCUGGGCUCACGCUGGCCCCUAGCAUUGGUGGGGUUCUGGGCGAGCGUGCAGAAGGACGCCCAGAUACUAUAUGUCUAAAUAUUUACAAGUUAUAAAUUAAGCAAACACAUUGUUAAAUGAAAUGCAUUCCAUCCAUCUUCCUUGAAAAAUAUACCUUCCUAAUGACAGA